GUGGCCUCCUGGUCCAUCAGAUGGGGUUAUAUUUAGUGACUAAGCACAUCCUGCAUUGAGGAUCUCUUAUAUUCUGUUAUAACUUGACAUGGGAAUCACAAGAAGGUGGAAGAAAAGCCAUGAAUAACACAAGCAGCUCCCCUUCGCCAGCUCGCUGGUUUAGGGUUUUAAGAAGGUCCGAGAGUAACAGGAAGUCCUCUUCCUCCCUUCUCUGUGAGGAUGUUCUGAGAAGAGCACGAGAUGCUUUCACCAGUGGGAAAACCAAACCUUACUCAUUUAGGCUCUUACAACUCAAGGCCAUAUUACAGAUGCUGGAGAUCCAUGAGGAGGACUUUGUUGAUGCUCUGGACAAGGAUAUGCACCGGCCCAGGUUCGAGACGGUGCUGUCAGAAAUCAUCACUGUGAAGAAUGAAGCCCUGUAUGCUAUGAAAAACCUGGAGAAAUGGAUGAGCCCUGAGCCUGUCCAGAAAAACAUGGUCUCCCUCCUUGACAACUGCUUUGUGCAAAAGGAACCUGUAGGUUUGGUCCUGAUUGUCGGUGGCUGGAGUUUCCCAAUUGAGCUCAGUCUUAUCCCCAUGAUUGGAGCAGUUGCUGCCGGUAACUGUGUGGUUUUAAAACCUUCAGAAACCAACUCUCACACUGCAAAUCUGCUGCGCAUGCUACUUCCACAGUACAUGGACACCUGCUGUUAUCAUGUCAUCAGUGAAGAGCAUGGUGACCUCAUGGAAGUUCUAGAGAACACAUUUGACCAUGUAUUUUACAUAGGUGACCGCACGAUUGGCAAACAGGUGAUGCAAGCUGCAGCCAAAUACCUCACCCCUGUGACCAUGGUUCUGGGUGGAAAAAAUCCUUGCUACGUAGACAAAUCAUGCGACAUAAUAACAGCUGCUCGUAGAAUUGCAUGGGCUCGGUAUAUCAAUUCUGGUCAGAAUUCACUUGCUCCAGAAUAUGUUCUAUGUCAUCCAGAUAUUAAGAACAGACUCAUCAAUGAACUGUGCUAUUGGGUCCAAGACUUUUAUGGAAAGAAUCCACGGGAAUCUCCUCAUUAUGGUCGUAUGGCAAGUACAGAACAUUAUCGUCGUGUAAAAGACUUGUUGUCAUCCGGUCAGGUGGCUUUUGGAGGACAGACUGAUGAUGGUGAAAGGUACAUAGCUCCAACAGUGCUGACGGAUGUACAAGAGUCUGAUGCCAUCAUGGAACAAGAAAUUCUUGGGCCAAUCCUACCCAUUUUCACAGCACAAACCCUCGAAGAAGCAAUAAGUUUCAUAAACAAAAAAGGCAGACCUCUUACUAUAUACGUACACUCAGGCAAUCCAGAGGUCAUAUCACAAAUCAUGUACUGCACCUCAAGUGGAAGCUUCUGCUCAAAUGACAACAUGAUCCAGAACUUGUAUACAAGCCUGCCAUGUGGGGGAAUAGGAAACAGUGGUGUAGGGAUCUAUAAAGGCAAAUAUAGCUUUGAUACUUUCUCUCACAGCCGUGCCUAUGUGUUAAGGAACAACAUUGUCGAGUGUGUCACUUAUCUUCGCUACCCACCCUAUGCAGAAAAAACACUUCGGCUCAUGAAAUGGGCCUGCACGGUUUCCAAGAAGAAGAAUUCCAAUUGGUGCUCCAUCUUAUAACUGCAGCUGAGGAAAUUAUCAGUUCUGUAAGCACGCGGUGUGGACUUUGGCAAACUAGC